AUGUCUGCACGAUCUACAAUUCCAGACGCCGCAUCAGGCACCAGCUCCCCUUCAGUCCCUUCCUACGACAUCGAAAAGGCAUCUCAUGAGUCAGUUCACGACAACAGUGAAGCAGUCACCGAUGCCGAAAUCGCCGCUCUAGGCCCUGCUCCCGACGGAGGUUUGACAGCCUGGCUCAACGCCUUUGGCGGCUUCUGCAUCUUCUUCUGCUGUCUCGGCUUCACCUCUUGCUUCGGAGUGCUCCAGCAAUACUAUUCUACCCACCAACUGAAAGACCAUAGCAUGGAUCAGAUUGCGUGGAUAGGUAGCUUAGCCAGCUUCAUCCAGUUUGCUGGAGGCGCUAUCGGAGGACCGAUGUUUGAUCGUUACGGAGCUUGGUACUACCAAUUCUUCCUUGCGCAGUCCAUCCUCAUGGGCACCAGCGUGGCUUUUCUCCAAUUCCCUGCCUUUGCAGUAAUGGGCCAUUACUUCGACAAGCGACGCGCGGCUGCUCUUGGAAUUGUGGCGUCUGGGUCUUCCGUUGGCGGCGUCAUCUUUCCCAUUGUCUUGUCCAAACUGCUCAACAGCUCUUCCCUAUCCUUUGGCUGGUCCAUUCGCAUCGUCGCUUUCAUCAUGGUUCCCUUCAUGUUGUUUGCCUGCUUCAUCAUCAAGCCGCGUGUUCCGCCUCGCAAGACGACCAUCUUCAUCGGAGAAGCAUGGAAGAUUAAGCGAUACGUAUUGCUCGUUGCAGGACUGUUCUUCAUGAUGAUGGGUAUGUGGAUACCGGUCUUCUAUCUCCCGGUCUAUGCUGUCAGCCGAGGAAUGAGUCCGUUACUGGCAUCCUACCUUCUCGCCAUGAUUAAUGGAUCUUCGACAUUCGGUCGCAUCAUCCCAGGAAUACUAGCGGAUAAGCUCGGUGGGAUGAACAUGUUCGCCUUCGCGGGCGUUGGCACCAGCGUCAUGGUAUUCUGCAUAAACGAGCCAACGACCAACGCUGGUAUCAUCGUCUACUCCAUCUUCUUCGGUUUCGUAUCGGGCACCAUCAUCUCAGCUGGCUCAGCAGCUAUUUCCAAGUGCACCAAGGAUCCGAGGAACCUUGGGACGUACAUGGGCAUGGGCAUGGGUAUUGCGGCGUUUGCUGUCCUCAUUGGCCCUCCCAUUAACGGCGCGUUUAUUGACCGGUAUGGCGGCUUCAGGGAGGUAUCCAUCUUUAGUGGUAUGAUGAGCUUGAUGGGUGGUUUAAUCGCGUUGUCUGCCAAGUUAGCCACGGCGGAAGGUAUCUUUGGGAAAGUCUAA